CGGCUCGCUCACGCUUAGGCACAGCAGCGGGUGCCGCGCAGAGUGGUACUUCUGAAGUCAGACACAGCGAGUGUCUGGUGGCCACGUAUUGCCUACCUGGCAACCAACCUCUAUGAUUGUUUUGCCUAACCUGACAGCCUGCCCUGCCUACUUCCUCGAGCUCACUCUGACUGUCGCAGCUGCGGAAUUUUGGGUUGUCUGGGAGGGUUUCUCGUGCAAGUAGGGGGUGGAGAAGCCCUAGCUCCUCGUGUUGCCAACCAGUAUUUGUGCCAACUCGACCUUCGUUUGCGUCUAGCUAUGAUGGGGAAAAGCUUUUUACUGGUCCUGUUUGUGGGGGGUUGCGCUGUCCUUGCCAGGAAAGGUGUAUCUGAGAUAAGAACAGGGCAUGAGUUUAUGAGUCAUGAUGAGAAGAAACAGCACUUCCUCUCCAGAACUGUGAACAAACACAAACCAUGGAUUGAGACUUCAUAUCAUGGAAUGAUUACUGAAAACAAUGACACCGUUCUUCUGGACCCACCUUUAGUUGCACUGGACAAAGAUGCUCCGGCCCCAUUUGCAGGAGAAAUAUGCGCUUUUAAAAUUCAUGGACAGGACAUGCCCUUUGAAGCUGUUGUGCUAAACAAGACAUCUGGUGAAGGUCUUCUUCGGGCAAAGAGUCCAAUUGACUGUGAACUACAGAAAGAGUAUACAUUUAUCAUCCAGGCAUAUGACUGCGGAGCGAGGCCUAGUGGAAUCGGCUGGAAGAAAUCUCACAAGGCAGUGGUGCAUAUUCAGGUACAGGAUACAAACGAAUUUGCACCUGUGUUCAAGGAAGCUGUGUAUAAGGCCACGGUAACGGAAGGCAAACUCUAUGACAGCAUUCUACAGCUAGAAGCAACAGACGAGGACUGUUCUCCGCAGUACAGCCAAAUCUGCAACUAUGAGAUUGUCACAAAAGAUGUUCCCUUUGCUGUUGAUAGAAAUGGAAAUAUUCGAAACACAGAGAUGUUAAGUUAUGAUUCAGGGAGACAAUACACAAUCAAAGUUACAGCCUAUGAUUGUGGACAGAAACAGGCUGCUCAGGAUGCUGUCAUUCAUAUUACUAUCAGACCUGUUUGCAAGCCAGGAUGGCAAGGGUGGAACAAACGUAUUGAGUAUGAACCUGGUUCUGGCAGCAUACCACUGUUUCCAAGUAUUCACCUGGAGACCUGUGAUGAGCCUGUUUCCUCUAUUCAAACAAGUUUUGAACUCCAAACAAAUCACAUUGGAAAGGGCUGUGAUCGAGAAACAUACUCCGAAAAGUCAAUGCAAAAACUUUGUGGUGCUGCUUCUGGUAGCAUAGACUUGCUUCCAUCUCCAAGUUCAACAGCUAACUGGACAGCUGGACUUUUUAUAGACAGUGCUCGUGACAGUGAUUUAAUUUUUAAAUUUGAUGGGAGGCAGGGGGCCAAGAUACCAGAUGGACUGGUACCAAAGAAUCUGACUGAUCACUUUACCAUGGCAAUGUGGAUGAAACAUGGACCAAGUCCCGGCUUAAGGGCAGAAAAAGAAACAAUUCUUUGCAACUCAGACAAGACAGAAAUGAACAGGCAUCAUUAUGCAUUGUAUGUGCACAACUGUCGACUUGUAUUUCUGCUGCGCAGAGAUUUUGACAUGGCAGAUACGUUCAGGCCAGCUGAGUUUCACUGGAAAUUGGAACAGAGACGAGUUUGUUUUCAUUGUUCAGUGUUCAUACUGUAA